AUGGGAUGGAAGAAAUUGAACACCGAUGGGUCGGUUUUGGGUAGACUUGGUCAAGCAGGCUGCGGUGGUGUUGUUAGAGAUGAUAAUGGGAGUUGGAUAGCAGAGUUGGAUGCUAAAGCAGUGGUUGAUGUCUUAAGGAACUACAACUAUGAUAACACUAUUAUAUCUCCUAUAAUGGAUGAUUGCAGGAAGUUGCUAUCCUGUUUUCAGCAAAUUCAGAUCAAGCACUGCUACCGGCAAGCUAACAGAUGUGCAGACUUAUUGGCCAAAAUGGGAGUGGAGCAGGAAAUAGAUUUUCUUAUUUUUUUGAAUCCGCCUGUGGAUGUUUUGCAAAUUCUUCAGGAUGAUAGGAUUGGUUUGUAUGUAAAUUGGACCUGCCAUGGGCCUGUUGCUUCUCUUUGA